AUGCCUAUCGAAAAGUAUCCAAUACUUUGCGAGUUACAAGUCAGCAAUGACACGCCUGUUACAAGAUCUUUGUACCAUGAUGCAAAUGCUUGCGUGGAGUUCAUACAGAUAAUAUCAAACCACAUAGACAACACCUUGUUACAAAAAGUGAAAAGUAGCCCUGCUCUCGGUAUCAUGAUUGACGAGAGCACAGACAUUGGUUUGGAGAAACACUUGAUUGUGUAUGUGACCUAUUUGCACGAUGGAGACAUGCACACUAGUUUCCUUACGUUGAUAAAACUCAGUGCUGCAGAUUUUGGCGUGGUACACAACUUGCUUGUGGGUGUUCUCAAGGCCCGUGGCAUAAACCUAGAACGUGUGUAUGGGUUUAGCUCUGAUGGGGCCGCAGUCAUGACCGGAAAACAAAAUGGUGUGUCUGUUCGCUUGAAAUCGGACAACCCAUUCAUGCUUGACAUGCAUUGUGCUGCCCACAGACUGGCAUUGAGUAGCCUUGAUGCAGCGAAGUCUCAUUUCGGAAAAGAGAUCGGUGGCAAAUCGCCGCCUGUUUGUGAAGAGGGAGCCCUCCAAGAAUUUUCUCUGUUCAAAAAUUACAUGUUCGACCUCAAAGUGUCAUCAUUCGAGGGGCUUGCUGACAAAAUACUGUCUCAAGAAGAGAUGUGGGCAAAGUUCCCAAACAUGACGGGGCUUCUUGCCAUCUGCAGGGUGCUCCCUGUCAGUACAGUAGACUGUGAACUAACAAGUGCAAAAUAUUCACAACUGUCGGUGAUACCAACUGGCAGUGAACAUGACAAGCAUUUCCAUGUGAUUGUUAAGACUGCUAAUGCUGAAAAUGAGUCCAAAGCUGCUGGUGGUGACAUGAUGAUAGUUCUUUCUCAGCAAAUCAAAGGAGACGGCAAAUUGGCCAGUCACAUGCAUGACCAUGACAAUGGAACGUACAGCGUCCGGAUUAGAAUUCCUUGGGCCGGAACGACUGUUAUUAGGGUCAAGAAUGCGGCAAAAAUAGAAAACACCUGUUUAAGACUGCGAACUAUGGACACAUACGGAACAUCUGUGUUUUCGAUGAAAAACGUGUGGGGAAUUGGUGGGAAAUUUCUUUAUAAAAACGAAACCGACUUCACAGUGUGCUUGCCGAGUGAAAUGAUGGUGAAUCACACACGUGUAUGCAACUAUACCUCGAUCAACGAUGGAUUGCCGUGGUUCUGUGCCCACCCACGCCCAAAAGAGUUGAGCUGUGAGCACAUUCAAUCAUUCAAUGCGGGUUCGUUUGAUGGCGUGGUCAAAGCUAACAACCCACUGAAAGUAUACGUUCCAUCAGUUGAACAUAUUAAUGCGGUUGCUAAUAUUGAAGCUCCAGCGAAUACACACGAUUUGUAUAUAGAAAAGCCUUUAUGUAAACAGAUGCAAAAAGGAUUAACUUGGAAAAACAUAACUAAUAAUAUUAACGGAUUUUGGAUGAAUAACACGUGGAGUUUAUUCAAUUGCAAGUCGUACAUAGAACAUCAGAACAACACUUACAGGAGUUGUUUAAAAGGAAAAUACAUGUAUUUCUUCGGGGAUUCUACUGCCAGACAGUAUGCGGAAUUCUUUGUGAACGUGGUAUUGGAAACAAGGCCUAGCGUAAAUCUUAGGCGAUUUGGUGAAAACAACACCUACCACUGGCGCAAAACGUUUUCAAGCUUUGAUAUAAAUGUGACAUAUUUAAAGCACGCAAUGCCUUUCACAAAUCCAGUAGUGCCUUUUCGCGGUAUAACUUCAGUAUAUUCUGAACUUCAAAUACUGAGUAAAAGUAGCAUAACUGGUGACAAGUUAAUAUUUGUGUUCGCUUUCCAUGCUCAUUUUCAAUCUUUCCCCAUAUCCGUGUUCAGAGAUAGAACUCGCAGACUUGUGAGUAGCAUUAAAGAAUUCUUGACCUUAAAACCAAAGGCAUUAUUCUUCGUCAAAGGCCCCAAUUAUUGCUUCGACGACACUCACUGGUUUGAUAAUACGUUGACUUUGGUCUACAUAGAAAUAUUACAGCAGGAGUUUGAAAGUCUUCACGACAGAGUAGUCUACCUUGACACGUGGUCCCUGAACGUGAUACACGAGACCAGAAAUAUCCAUCCGGGCCCCGUGACACUGCAGAACCAGAUCAGGCACUUUAUGGCGUACGUUUGUUAAACAGUAGUUUCAUUUGUGACACCUUGUUU